AUGGUGGGAUUCUCUUCUCUUGCUUUCGUUUUUGCAGCCUUUGCGUUUCCGUUUGCCGCGCUCAGUACAAGUACCCUUUCUGCCUCUGCAGCGGAGAACCUGGCAGAGUAUCAGCUUGCCGCGGAAUCGAGCAAAGCCAUCGAGAGGCCACCACAGCUCUUCCGCAGGACCAGUGUCGCCCAAUUAACAGACCGGGAGGCCACAGUCAGUGCCCUGGGAUGGUUCCCCUUUGGCGGUCGGACGCGCGCACAGAGGGAGCGACUUUAUGAUGCACUCUACCCCCGUAGAGAACCGGCGCAAGCAAACGUUGGACCUCGAACUACUUCGCCUGGCACGAAAAAGGAUGAGAGUAGAACUAAACACCCCCAGGUAAUAAUAGUACGGAAGAAUGAUCCGCACUUGCCGCCGGUGGUCUUCGUUCAUGGAAUGAUUGGUUCCGGCAUUAUGGCCAAUUUGUCCGAUCGAAAGGAGCGGAAGCACUUUUUCUGUGCAAAAAACGGCGAGAACUACACCCUGUGGUUCGACCCGAAGCACAAUUUGCUGCCUUUCGAAUUCGAUUGCUGGGCCGACAACCUGUCGUUGCACUGGAAAACACAAUCCGGCAGCGCGGACCUGCGACUCGCCGACGAAGAUCUGGGGCUCCACUCUUUCGUGCCGGAACGCUCUCGGCCCCUCGGUUUAGACGUCCCGCCCCUGUUGGCCGGCGGCAUCGGGGCCUGGAACACGCUCUUGUGGGGCAACCUGACGGAGAAACUGGGCUACGACAACCGCCAGGCCGGGGUGGUGGCCUACGACUGGCGCAAGGGACCCGAGGAAUUCGCCGCCGAUGGCACCUUCGUGCGGGUACAGCAGACCAUUGAGUACUACUACAAGCAUAACGAAAACACGAAGGUCGCGCUGUUGUCGAUCUCGAUGGGUUGCCCGUUUCUGCUCUGGUUCCUGCACUGGGUCGACCGCACGCGAGGGGAAGAGGAGGGGAAACGGUGGAAGGACACAUAUCUGGAGGUGUGGGUGUCCCUUAGUGGCGUGUUCGCGGGAGCGCCGGAAAUGGUCAGCGAGGCCCUGAUGCCCACGGACCGGGAUGUGUACGGGAUCACGACGAAAAAACCCUUUUCGCUCUACAUCACCAAACAAAAAAUCCGCGACAUCGUUGGCACGUGGUCCGGGCCACUGGGCAUGCUGCCACAGUCGCUGGAUGACCGCGUGGUGCUGUGGGUCACAUCGAAACAAAAAGAAGGUGAUGCGCAAAACAUGACAACAAGCACGGGAGCUGCAGGAGCUUUCGCCAUCGGCAACGACCACUCACUAGCGGGACCGGGAGGCAGCGACAGCCCUAAGAUGCGCACUCAAGUACCAGGUUUUGCCCGCACCGAAGCGGGGCGCAGCACAAGCACUCCAGUCGCUGGUCUGAAAAAUGAAGCGACCAAAGUGAAACAAACCGCCUCUCACGCAGCGCCGAAAGUAGUUCCUUAUCGCGGUCGCGAGCUCCAGCGGGCUUUCGAGGACGCGGGGCGCCCGGUGUCCGCGCAGUUGUGGGCAACGCACCAAGCGAAAAACUGGACCGACCUGGGUUCCCCGGGUGUUAAUCUGGAAUGCAUGUACGGAGUUAAUGUGCCGACGGAAAUCGGAUGGGUAUACGGACAAGGCUUCGGGAAGUCCCCCACAGAAGUUUUCAUGGAAAACGAAACGCAGAGGGUGCUUUCUUCAUCUACAGUCGGCACGACGGCGCGUGAUCAGACUAUUCCAAGAACAUCGACAACUCGGACCUACGCUUCCAGUCAGCAUCAUCCUCAUCACUCGGAGGAAAACUUCGUAGCGGCGUCGGGCGAUGGUGUCGUCAAUCUUUUGUCGCUCGACCACUGCCGCUACUUGUACCAGGAAAGCAGCAAGUACGUCAAGGUUACACAGUAUGACGGCCUCUCCCACACGGAUUUGGCCUGGGCUCCGGGUCCGUUCGACCGGAUUAUGCAGGUUCUGCAAAGCGCCGCAGAAAAGAACGCACAGAUAACGAGCAAUGUCGAGAAGACGGCAGCGGUGGCUGCUGAGAAGGCGAUUAUCUACAUUUGAAAUGUUUUAAUUUCUCCCCGCAAAGAUCAUGAAGAAGUAGUUUACUUCUGAAGAACUGUAGACGAAACAGAAAGAGUCCCGGGACCGGUAGCAAUUUUCUCAAGACAGGAAUAGCAGUCCACCUUCAAGUUUCCUUCGGCACAAAGUACAUUAUUCAACAUUUUGCUCUCAGUAAGACACAACAGGAGAUAGAUAAAUAUGAAACAAAACCGACCUAUCGAAACCAAAAACGAACGCCCACCAGCAGAUUCAGGAUGAACUACAGUGGCGUCUGAUGUCACACGUUCGCAGAUGCUUCUUUGGUUCCUGACUCGGUUGAAAACGCCAAAGCCAAUACAGAACCGGCGCGCGGAC